GGAGAGAGUCGUUGCGUCGUUGCGGGGCAGGAGGACGUAGGUUGGAGCGCUCUACCCGCCGGAGCCUCGACGUCUUUCCGUCCGGCGCAGCCAUGUGGAGCCGCUGGAAGCUGCUGAGCAUGGGCCGCCGAUUUGUAAAUUACAAGCCCUGGAGGUGGAGGAGUAAUGCAGCAUGUGAUAAAGCUCUAGAGUAUAAAGUAGGUGACAAAAUCCAUGGAUUCACUAUAAACCAGAUAACACCUAUUCCUGAUCUAUUCUUAGUUGCCGUGAAGCUUGGUCAUGACAGCACAGGUGCUAAAUAUUUACAUGUGGCAAGAGAGGAUGCAAAUAAUUUAUUUAGUGUGCAGUUCCGUACUACACCAAUGGAUAGUACUGGUGUUCCACAUAUUCUUGAGCAUACUGUACUUUGUGGUUCUCAGAAGUAUCCCUGCAGAGAUCCUUUCUUCAAAAUGCUGAACAGAUCAUUAGCCACUUUUAUGAAUGCAUUUACAGCUAGUGAUUAUACAUUAUAUCCAUUUUCAACACAAAAUUCUAAGGAUUUUCAGAAUCUUCUCUCAGUAUAUCUGGAUGCAGUCUUCUUUCCAUGUUUGAGGGAACUGGACUUCUGGCAAGAAGGUUGGAGACUAGAACAUGAGAAUCCAAGUAACCCUGAAACACGCCUUGUCUUUAAAGGAAUCGUUUUUAAUGAAAUGAAAGGAGCAUUUACAGACAAUGAGAGGAUAUUCUCGCAGUCUCUUCAAAACCAACUCCUUCCUGAUCACACUUACUCAGUUGUAUCUGGUGGUAAUCCACUAAGCAUCCCUGAUCUUUCAUGGGAACAACUUAAACAAUUCCAUGCUACUCAUUACCAUCCGAGUAAUGCUAGGUUCUUUACUUAUGGCAACCUUCCAUUGGAACAGCAUUUGAGGCAAAUUCAUGAAGAAGCUCUAAAUAAAUUUCAGAGAAUUGAGCCUAAUACUGCAGUGCCAGCCCAGAAGCUUUGGGAUACACCUAGGGAAUACCAUGUGACAUGUGGUCCAGAUAAAUUUGCAACAGACCCAACUAAACAAACUACUAUUGGCAUCAGUUUCCUUUUGCCAGAUAUUACAGAUAUAUUUGAAUCCUUCACCCUAAAUCUUUUGUCUUCGCUAUUGAUUGAUGGACCUAAUUCUCCAUUUUAUAAAGCAUUGAUUGAAUCUGGUCUUGGCACAGACUUUUCUCCAGAUGUUGGGUAUAACGGCUGUACAAGAGAAGCUUUCUUCAGUGUGGGCCUGCAGGGGAUUGCUGACCAACACAUAGAAACAGUCAAACAGAUUAUUACUAAAACAAUUGAUGAAGUUAUUGAGAAAGGGUUUGAAGAUGACAGAGUUGAAGCUUUACUACAAAAAAUUGAAAUCCAAAUGAAGCACCAGUCAACUAGUUUUGGACUUGCUCUGUCAUCCUAUAUAGCUUCCUGCUGGAAUCAUGAAGGGGAUCCCAUUGAACUUUUAAAUAUAGGAAAUCAAGUGACUCGAUUCAGAAAGUGCCUUAAGGAAAACCCAAAUUUUCUGCAAGAAAAAGUCAAGCAGUAUUUUAAGAAUAACCCACACAGGUUGACUUUAUCUAUGAAUCCAGAUGAAAAAUAUUAUGACAAGCAAGCACAAAUGGAAAUGGAAAAACUGAAACAAAAGAUUGAUUCUCUUUCUAUGAAAGAGAAGCUACACAUAUAUGAAAAAGGUUUAGAAUUACAGAAUUUGCAAAGUGAACCACAAGAUGCUACUUGUCUACCAGCAUUAAAAGUGUCUGACAUUGAGCCCACUAUACCCUCUACUGAGAUGGAUACAGCAUUGGCAGCAGGUGAAAUCCCUGUCCAGUACUGUGCUCAACCAACCAAUGGUGUGGUAUAUUUCAGAGCCUUUUCUAAUCUGAAUACACUUCCUGAAGAACUUAGGCCAUAUGUGCCUCUCUUCUGCAGUGUCCUUACAAAAAUGGGUUGUGGCGUUUAUAACUAUAGAGAACUAGCUCAGCAAAUAGAACUGAGAACGGGAGGAAUGUCGGUCUCUCCUCACGUGAUUCCAGAUGAUUCAGAUUUAGAUAUGUAUGAACAGGGGGUGCUGUUCUCAUCUUUGUGCUUGGAUCGAAAUCUGUCAGACAUGAUGCAUUUAUGGAGCGAAAUAUUUAACAACCCACACUUUGAAGAUGAGGAACACUUUAAAGUGUUAGUUAAAAUGAGUGCUCAAGAGCUUUCAAAUGGAAUUCCUAAUUCUGGCCAUUUAUAUGCAUCUGUUAGAGCUAGUAGAACACUUACUCCUGCUGGAGACUUGCUAGAAACCUUUAAUGGCAUGGAUCAGGUGAGACUAAUGAAGCGAGUUGCAGAAAUGUCAGACAUUAAGCCAAUCCUAAGAAAACUUCCACGCAUCAAGAAACAUUUAUUAAAUUCUGAUAAUAUGAGAUGUUCAGUGAAUGCUACCCCUCAACAGAUGUCUCAGGCAGAGAAAGAAGUUGAAAAUUUUAUAAAAAGCCUUGGUCGAAGUAAAAAAGAAAGAAAGUCAGUCCGGCCCCAUGUAAUUGAGAAAUCUGUUGAUUCCAAACCAAUUGACGGUAAUUUAGCAAAUGGUCCCCAAAUGACAAGAAAGCUAAUUACUGACCCUACUUUCAAACCAUGUCAGAUGAAGACUCAUUUUGUACUUCCUUUUCCUGUGAAUUAUGUAGGUGAAGGUGUUAGGACUGUUCCUUACACACAUCCAGAUUAUGCCAAACUUAGGAUCCUUGCACGUUUGAUGACUGCUAAGUUCUUACAUACAGAAAUUAGAGAGAAAGGUGGUGCAUAUGGUGGAGGUGCUAAACUCAGCGGUAAUGGAAUAUUCACCUUUUACUCCUAUAGGGAUCCAAAUUCAAUACAAACUCUCCAGUCUUUUGAAAAAGCGGUAAACUGGGCCAAAUCUGGAAAAUUCACAGAGACGGAUAUUGAAGAAGCAAAACUUUCCGUGUUUUCAGUUGUAGAUGCUCCAGUUGCACCCUCAGACAAAGGAAUAGACCGGUUCUUAUAUGGACUUUCAGAUGAGAUGAAGCAGGCACACAGAGAGCAACUCUUUGGUGUUAGUCAGGAACAACUUAUUAAUGUUAGCAAUAAAUACCUCAGAACUGGCCAGAGCACUCGAGGAUUAGCAAUACUUGGACCAGAUAACAUGAACAUUAAUAAAGACCCAUCAUGGGUAAUAAGAUAGUUAGGAAAAAAGUCUCAAAAUAAGAGCUAAAUUGAACACAUAUUAAUUAUUAGACUUAUAACCUAAAAUCACUCUAAUGGAUCAGAAUCAUUAAUAACUUUUGCGCAAAACUUUAUCAUGAACACUGUCUCAUAUUCAGAACUUAAUUACGUCAGAAGUCACUUUGAGGACAAAACUGAUUAAACUUUAAAAAUGUAUAAACUGUAUAUUUUUUAACUUCAAGGGUAGUGUUUUUAUUUAACUCUGUAGGCCCUCAAUUGGCAUGUCAGCUUUAAACAGCUGUCACUUUUAGAAAUAAAACAAGAAUCUGACCCAGAUGUGGCAUUGGUUAUCUAUUUUCAGCACUGUUUUGAUUUAGUAUGAGUAUAAGCUAAAAUAAAGCAUCUCAUUUGUUUUAUCCAGGGUUAAUUAACCAGUAGAUUUAUUUGUUUCCUUUUCUCCCUCAAUCUGCUUACUUCAUAUCCAAAUAGAGUAGCUUCUAGGAGAGGUGGAGAGCUGAAUCUGACUUAGAAGAGUCUCUAUUUGAUUAUCAUCUUUGGAGAUCUUAGUCCUUCUAGUUUCACUUGCUCAUUUGUAGUCCUUUAUACGAUUCUUCAGGCAUUCUUAAGGAAAUAGAAAACUGCUGCUUCUUGGGUCAUGGACCUCUGGUCACAAUAAUGCUUUUAAAUUCAUAAAAUCAAAAUAAAUAAAAUACACAGUGUUACUUAUAUGGUAUUUAUGGUUACUUAUAUGGUGAUUAACAAGAUAUUUAAAUAAGCCCUGCUCUAACUAGAAAGAAUGGAGCUUUCUAAUAACUUUCUUUUACUUUCUUUGGAAUGCUAAACCUACCCCCUCCAUUCCACUGUUAUUUUGAAAGAAUAACAGCAGAGUGUUAAAGGAGUUUGGGGAUCCUUCUCUUUUCUCCACCUUCCUCUGAGGACUUCAGAGGUAGCCUUAGGAAAAAUUAGCAUGAACAGAAGCUUACUAUCAACGCCUAUGUCAACAAAUCAGUUAUAAUAGAACUUUAGUCUGGAUAAUUUUCUACUCUGAUAGGCAACUGUCGCAAAAGUCGUCGUAAAGCUAAUUUAUUUCUGAUGUGUAUUAACUUUUCACCUCUCCCUACCUGUUCUCCUUACCUCAUUCUUCUCCUGGCAGAGCUAAGAGUCAUAUCAAUUUAGAGUUGUCGUUAAAAACCAUCUGCUCCAUCUCUCAUAGGUGAAAAAACUGGGCCAAACUUUAAGUGGUUAAGUGACUUGCUCCAAAUCAUGCAACUUGGAAAAUAACAACUACAACCAAGAUCUUUUAAUUCCCACUUUCAUAUACUUUGUCCUAUUCCACAUUGCCUACUUUUCCUUUUCUUUCUCUGUCUUAACUGAGCAUAAUCUAGGGCUCAAAUAAAUUUUAUUAUGUGUUUAGUAAAAUUUUUUGUUUCCUGUUGAUUUAGGGUAGGUUUUUUUUUUGGAGGGGAAGGGAAGAGGACUCUUUGUUGGGGGGAAAAAAAGGUUCCCUUUUCUCCUUACUUCAAGGCUGCUAUGGCAUCUAGUCAGGGCUUGAGCACUUCCCACCUGUGAACCACUCAAAAUUGUGGCCAACAGUUUCUCUCUGAGAACAAGAAAAAUCAACUUUUUUUUUUCAAAUGUUACAUAUCUAACCUGAGUAUUGUGUAGCAACUAGUUAACAUAGAACAUACUAAGUUUUGUUCACUUCUUUGAAGUCUUAUGACCAUAGAUUCAGUAUUAAACUGUUGUCUCAGAAGUGGUACUACUGUAGAUUUGUGGCUAAGUGAUUUUUCACUUAAGUACCAAGCCUGUUUUUGAAGUUUUUUUAAGCUCAUUUUUCACAAAUAGAAAAUUAUAGUUGUAAUAUUCAUUUUAAUUCCACUUUGUAUGUACACCAUUAGCUUGACACAAAACAAAUCUACGUAUAUUCUAGGUAGAAGUAACAGUUUUGAUACAAAGUACUUAAGAGAUUUACUUCUUAGUAUAUUCAUUAUUUUACAUUUGAGUUGUUUAUUUGUGAGGAGAAUCAGGUAAUCAGUAAAUAAGGGUGAUAUUGAUAAUUGAUACUUUGUAGUUAGUGUGAGUAUUUAACAGCUAACACAAUAUGGAAGAAAAUGGCAACAUAUUCCUAAUUUUGCAUAAAGUGCUGAUACAAUAACUUAAAUGUUACAAAAAAUGGCAGUGACCAAAAAAUUCUAAAGCAUCAUUACGAACACGCAAUGUGACUCUACUGUCAUGAUUUAACAUGUUGCGAGUUAACUGCUUGUUUGGAUGUUGCAGCCGGGUACAUGUUCUAGCUGACCUGAAUCAGAAAUAUCAUAGCUGAUUUUGUACUUGGCCAAAAUUUUCAUCAAAGGUCGUAGUUUCAACCACCAUUGUUCUUUGGGAAUUCUGUGC